GAGCGGUGCGGUACCGGGCCGGCCCCGCGGGGCGGGCGCGACUGCGGGAUCCCUGCGGCGCCGCCCGGGCCCCGGGGCUUCCCCGCCGCUCUCGCCCCGCUCCCGACUACAUUUCCCAGCACUUCCCUCUCCCGAGCGGGCUCUGCGGGGAGCCUCGCCGGCUCUCGCCAUCUCUCCGCUGGCAGGGGGCUCGGCGCGGCGGCGGGGCGGAGCUCGGCAGCCCCGGCCCCGCGGCCCGCAGCCCCCCCGCCCGUGCAGGCGCGGAGCCGGCGGCGCUCGGCGGCAGCGGGGCGGCGGGCAGCGCCAUGCGGGCUGCCGCCUGCCUCCUCUGCCUGGCGCUCGGCGCCCUGACAGCGGCCCCAGGAGGCGCCGGGCCGGCGAUAGCGGCGGCGGGGCGGCGGGGCCGGAGCCCCUUCGCCGAGCGAGAGAGCAUCAGGCCCCUGCGGCUGGUCUCCGGCGAGGGCGGCGGCGGGGCGCGGUGGCCGGCGCUGAGCACGCGGGUGCGGAGCGAGGCGGCGCGGGCACAGUCUACCCACAUUGCUCGAGCCAGCUUCCAGGUUGAUGCUUUUGGAUCAUCUUUCAUCUUAGAUGUGACACUAAACCAUGACCUGCUGUCUUCUGAAUAUCUUGAGAGGCAUAUCGAGCAAGGUGGGAAGACAGUGGAAGUUAAAGGAGGAGAACAUUGCUAUUAUCAGGGAAAAAUUCGAGGAAAUCCGGUAUCAUUUGUUGCCUUGUCCACAUGCCAUGGAUUACAUGGGAUGUUCUAUGAUGGAAAUCAUACUUACCUUAUUGAACCAGAUGAAAACUACACAUCAGAUGAUGACUUCCAUUUCCACUCUGUUUACAAAUCCAAGUUGUUUGAAUUUCCUUCAGCUGACCUGACGUCUGAGUUCUGGCAGAUGAAUACUACAUCACAGAAUUUUGUUGUAAGGCCAAGACACAAAAGGAGGAAAAGGCAGGUUCGUCAGAUUCCAAGGAAAGUUGAAGAGGAAACAAAAUACAUUGAGUUGAUGAUUGUAAAUGAUCAUCUAAUGUGUAAAAAGCACCGCUUGUCAGUCGGCCAUACCAACAGCUAUGCUAAAUCAGUUGUGAAUAUGGCAGAUUUAAUAUAUAAAGAACAACUUAACACCAGGAUAGUGUUGGUUGCCAUGGAAACCUGGGCUACUGAUAACAAGUUCACCAUAUCUGAAAACCCCUUGGUGACUCUACGUGAGUUUAUGAAAUAUAGGAGGGAUUUUAUCAGAGAGAAAAGUGACGCAGUUCACCUUUUUUCGGGGAGUCGAUUUCAGAGCAGUCGAAGUGGUGUAGCCCACACUGGUGGAAUCUGCUCCUUGCUUAAAGGUGGAGGUGUGAAUGAGUUUGGAAAGCCAGACUUAAUGGCAGUUACCCUGGCACAGACCUUGGCCCAAAACAUUGGCAUUUUCUCAGACAGAAGAAAACUUCUAAGUGGUGAGUGUAAGUGUGAGGACAUGUGGUCUGGAUGCAUAAUGGGAGAUAUGGGGUACUACCUUCCAAGCAAGUUCUCUGAGUGUGAUAUUGAAGAGUAUCAUGAAUUUUUAAACAAUGGAGGUGGAGCCUGCCUUUUCAAUAAACCAACCAAACUUCUGGAUCCUCCAGAAUGUGGCAAUGGCUUUGUGGAAGAUGGAGAGGAAUGUGACUGUGGGACAAUAGCGGAGUGUGCCAGUGAAGGAGGGGAGUGCUGCAAUACCUGCACCCUGACCGCGGGCUCCCAGUGCAGCAACGGGCUCUGCUGUCGGAAGUGCCGGUUUGAACCUAAGGGAGUUUUGUGUCGGGAAGCAGUGAAUGAUUGUGAUAUUGCAGAGAACUGCACAGGAAAUUCCAGCCAGUGUUCUCCUAAUAUCCAUAAAAUGGAUGGAUAUUCAUGUGAUAACAGACAGGGUAUUUGCUUUGGAGGAAGAUGUAAAACCAGGGACCGGCAGUGCAAAUAUAUCUGGGGUGAAAAAGUGACAGCUGCUGACAGGUACUGCUAUGAGAAGCUGAAUAUUGAGGGGACUGAGAAAGGAAACUGUGGAAGAGACAAGGACUCUUGGAUACAGUGCAAUAAACAGGAUGUGCUUUGUGGAUACCUUCUGUGCUCCAAUAUAUCCAGCGUGCCCAGACUUGGAGAACUUGAUGGUGAAAUCACAACAUCAAUCUUGCACUAUGGAAAAGUCUACAAUUGCAGCGGUGGCCACGUGAGGCUGGACGAGGACACGGACCUGGGCUACGUGGAGAACGGGACGCCGUGCGGGCCCGACAUGGUGUGCCUGGACCAUCGCUGCCUCCCGGCCGAGGCCUUCAACUUCAGCACCUGCCCCGGCACCGCCGACAGCCGCGUCUGCUCGGGCCACGGCGUUUGCAGCAAUGAAAUAAAGUGUGUCUGUGACCGAUUCUGGGGAGGAGAUGACUGCAGUUCUCACAUCAAAGAUGAUCUGUUUUUUGAUAAAGAUGCCAUCAAUAAAGGUGUGGUUAGCACAAAUAUAAUAAUAGGGGCUAUUGCUGGCACCAUUUUAGUGUUGGCUCUUGUUUUAGGAAUAACUGGUUGGGGUUACAAAAACUACAGAAGACAGAGACAAAUACCCCAGGGAGAUUAUGUAAAAAAGCCGGGAGAGGCCGACUCUUUUUAUAGCGACAUGCCUCCUGGAGUCAGCACAAACUCUGCAUCUAGUUCUAAGAAGAGGUCUGCUUUUCUGUCGCAUUUUCAGAUUUCUACCUGUUCCAUCACCCAUUAUUCCAUUAGUCAGAACAUUUCAUUGUUUUGCAGCAGGUCAAAUGGAUUAUCUCACUCCUGGAGUGAAAGGAUCCCUGACACAAAACAUAUUUCAGACAUUUGUGAAAAUGGGAGGCCUAGGAGUAAUUCUUGGCAAGGUAAUAUAGGAGGAAACAGAAAGAAAGUCAGAGGCAAAAGAUUUAGGCCACGGUCUAAUUCAACUGACCGGGUAACUCAUGCAUCUGAGCCUGGGCUUUCUCUCGCCCACCAAAUCCCUGCCCAAGGCAUAAGCCCAGGGGGUUCCGACCACCCCCAAACAGGGAGUCGGGAUCACAGGUAUUUAAACCCAUGGUUCAAAAGAGAAUAUAAUGUAGCUAAGUGGGUAGAAGAUGUGAAUAAAAACACAGAAGGACCAUACUUUAGGACACUGUCUCCUGCAAAGUCUCCGUCUUCAUCCACUGGAUCUAUUGCUUCCAGCAGAAAAUACCCUUACCCGAUGCCGCCGCUUCCUGAUGAAGAGAAAAAAGUCAACAGGCAAAGUGCCAGGCUAUGGGAGACAUCCAUCUAGCUGCACUGUUUUCCUGGGGUCACAUCGGAACUGUUUACUUCGGAUUUUAUAGAAACUCAGCAUCACUGAGUCACUGCACAUUCAUCUGCUCUUCAGACAGUCUGAAAGAUCAACAGAGAUGUCUGUGAUACCGCAGUGAUAACCUCCUCUCACGUGGGAAGGGAAAAACAGUCUUUUCUUUUCUUUCUUUUUUGUUGACUUGUGUUUUAUGGAUUUGAUGAACAACCAAAAUCAUAACAUUUGACAGAGAAUAAUUAACCCAGAUGUGACCUAGAAUCCCAACUGCAGUCCAUUUGCCAGUCAGUCCUGUGUAAGAGGUUUUUCUCUGGUUUAUUGCAGUCCUGAGUCAGAUCAAAGUGAAACUGGGAACGUGCCUCAUGGAGAGCCCACCUGAUGUAAACUUGUACCUGUAUGCAUGAACCUUGUGUUCUUUACUUUCCACAUGUAAGGGAAAAACAACAUACUGUAGUAGAGAUUAGCAUGCAGGAGUGAGAAAUAAAGGAUUUUUUUUUUGUGACAGGAUUUCAAGCUUUGAAAGGCAACUAUUUGACACAACAGCAAACAAAGAUUAUAUCCUUUUUUUUUACCUUACAUGUUUAUAAUCUCGGUACACAGAUUGUAUAUAUGUAAACAUUCAAUAAUGUCAAAAAUAGCUGUUAUAUGUAUGUGUAUUUUGCCAAAUGCCUAAAGAAACAGUCAUGACUAACAUCAUCACACUUCAGAUUUUAUAAUAUGAGCAGACAUCCUUGAAAUACAGAAAGUACAGUACUGUAAAACUGUGUCUCUCAGAAACUGGUGUUUGACCAAAAUCUAUACAACUUUUUCAGCAUCUUACUUACACUGUCUUGACAAUCUCAAUUGUACAGUAGACUGUGGAAACCAGUACAGCAGCACUUUGUCUUAAAUCAUCAGAAGAGGAACCAGCCAAAAUCCCUUGUUUAGUAAGAUAGCCACUGUAUCCUCUCACAGGUAUAAUCAAGAAUGAUUUGGCAAACAACAGUCUUUAAGUCAUGUGCAGCACAAACUUACUGGACACUUGGGAAUACUUCUAAGUAGUCAAUUCAGGAUGUGGUGAUGUGAAGUCUGUCUGUGAGAGUUGCUGGGUAUUUUUGAUAGAGCAUUUCAGACAUUAUUUUAGAUGGCAAGGCAUAGGCUUAUGAGAAGCAUAACAAUUUCACUGCACUAGAUAAUAACAGUGCUGGGCAAAUGGCCAGUUUCAUUGCUGUCUUUCAAUUUUUGUUUGUUACUGGAAUCGCCUUUACCAUGUGCUUGAGUGCUAUGCUUGCCGCCCCUGAAGCCCCCUUGACAAUUUUUUGGGGCAUUAAACUGAGCACAAGUGAAUUUAGCUUAAAAAGAAUGGGGUGGGGGGAACAACUCUUUACCAUGUUAACCUUGGAUAGUUAUAUUUCUAACACCUGAGACUUCUAAAGUUUGUUGUAAAGCAAAAGCCUUCUGAUUGGGAAUUUUCAGUUAGUAAGAAACUGGACCAUAUUAAAUCAGUUUAUAAUUCUCUUGUUUUCAAAAAAUAACUACAUCUUAACUUCAGGUAGUACCACUACAGAAUAAAACACCCGACUGUGUGAUGCAGUUGAAUACCCUACCCAACAGCUGUAUGAUUAAUUAGAUAUUAUUGUAAUGGAAACAUCUAUGGUGUUUCUGAAUCUUCUACCUCUUUCAUGUCUUUCCUUUAGUAAGUGACCCAACACUUGCAGCCUUUUAAUGUAUUUUUUUAACUUUUACGUCUCUCAAUAAAGUCAGAUAUAUGUAAGAUUAAAUUAAGAAAUGUUUAAAGAUGUUGGCAGCUGUAAAAUAAGUAAGAUUUUUAGAAGCACUAUAUUUUAUUAUUAGGCUGUAGGUUGGAUUAUGACAAAAUAUUGGCCUUGGCAUUCAAAUGAUUUUCCUUCACAGUCAACAGGUUCUGGUAAGUAUUUGGAAAAAGACAAAUAUAUGUGAGCACAAGUGCGUGCAGACUGACCAUCUGGAAGGAGACAGUCACUUGUAACUGCUUUAGGGAAAGAUUCUGCAUUUUUGUGAAAGGUAAAUAUAUCAAUCAGCACUGAAGAAUACUUUUUGCAAUUAUUUACUUUGAGUGUAGCUGUCUGAAUUAAAGAUAGUUGAUAGCAUGUAGCUUAUGAAAUUAGGGUCUGAGCCAUAACUUGAAAUCAAUAUGUCUUUUGUUGAUUUCACUGGACUUUGAGCAGGACCCUCAGGAGGUUCACCCACAUUAGGACAUUAUGAUAACCUGAUCAUUGCUGUAUUACUGUCACCUGGAAGCUGGUUUUCCCUCCCAUAUUCAUACCUUGUCUUUAGUAACUGGACUGUUCAUCAUGUGCCUUUUAUGGUAUUUUUUGGAUAUAAACUGGCAUGUAGUUUUGAAUAAUCCUGUUAGAUUUCUGUAUCUUAUGUAUCUUAUGUUUACCACUGUUUACUCUUCCCUUUUCAUUUUGCCUUACCAAGAAGCAGCAAGAUUUGGCAGACAGAACAGCAUAUAACAUACUGGUUCUUUCUGCUAUGCUCAAUAGCUUCUUGUUUUGCAAACAGAUGGCCCUCCUGAUUGUAUUUUCAAUGUAGUAGGUACUUCCAGCUUCUUUUGUUUUGUACUUUUGCUUCUUUUGCUACUUUUGUAGCAUAUGAUACAAUCACAUGUGUAGUGUACCUUGAACAGUCACCUUCACAUUUGGAGAUAUGUAGUGACUGGAAGUCUAGUUCUGAGCACUAAGUUUAAGUUAAAUAAAUGCUGACUUUCACUUUGGUGGUCUAGAGUGAGAGUAUCACAGGACUUGUGUUUUUGUAGAAUUCUUCUGCAGAGAGCUUUGCAACAGGUUGGGAGACCUGAACCGGCCUGGCUGUGUGAGCCUCCCAAGCCAGUGGAGGUUGGACAUCAUUGCUUAUAAGCUGUCAUUUCCUACUUUUAAAAUGUAGUGUGUUGGAAAACUACCAGAUUAAUAACCUUGAAGAUUGCAAAUAUUUUUAUCCACUGUAGUUAGCUACUCUGGCAAUAGCAAUAUAAACUGCUGCGUAAUACCUCAUCCAGACUAAAAUAGAGCACUUGUCACUAAUAUAGCUCAGUCAUUUUGACUCAUUGAGACUCAUCCUUUUAUUUUGGUUUUAUUUUAAUAAAUGAACUAGUUAUUGCCAACUAUGCUGUAGAUGCCUGUUGAAGUGAGGAAACUAUCAGUUCUCAACUAGAAGUAAUUGUUUAUAUGAGUAUAGGACCAGCAGGAUGAGAUUUACCUUUAUGUAUUUCAUUGUGGGAGAAGAAUAUUGUGUAAUUUAUAAUAAAAUUAUUAUGACUAACUGA